AUGACGCCCUCACCAAUCCCCCUCCUUCUCCUCAAAACCAGGUCAAAUCCAACGGACCCCUACGAGGUCCACUUUUCCCAAAACCCAUUCCACCCGGCCAAUGGAGGACCUGUGAUGCCGUUCCAACCGAUUUUUGUUCCUGUACUGCAACACAGACAUAUCAACCUUGAUUCGCUGGAGUCGGUUAUCACUUCAGGCAGACUUGAGCAGGACACAGAGGCAGGAGGGUAUGGUGCGCUGAUAGUCACGUCACAGCGUGCAGUUGAGGCGCUCGGGGCAGUGCUUGAUAGAGUUAAAGAAAACUCCACAUGGGAGGCCAAAGUGACAUCUCUACUCGCAAACACAAUCGUCUACGUUGUCGGCCCCGCAACCGCCUCAGCGAUAACCAAACUCGGCUUCACAGCGUCCAACGUCCUCGGCGCUGAAUGCGGGAACGGUGAGGUUCUAUCCAAGUUCAUAGUCUCCUCCUACAACAAGCCCCAAAAGCCGAUCCUCUUCCUCGUGGGCGAGAUUCGCCGUGAUAUCAUUCCUAAGACACUUAGAGCAGCGAGCAUAAGUGUUGGAGAGAUGGUAAUCUAUGAAACUACUGUUGAGGAAGGCUUCCGGGAGAAAUUUACGCAAGUGGUAAAGGAGACGGAAGGGAAUGGGAAGCAUUGGGCAUCGGGGAAUGGAAGCGAGUCUUGCAUUGCGGCCAUUGGGCCGACGACAGAGAAGUGUCUAGAGGACGCAUUGGACCGAAAACCAGAAGUAACAGCAAGGAAGCCGAGUCCCGAGGGCUUGUUGGAGGCGAUUAUAGGAUUUAUGGAGGCCCAGACAUAA